AUGAGCACGGCCAACUCGGUCUCCGCCUCCAUUGUUCGAUCGCCUCGCCAGGUUUUCAUCUCUGUUUCUCUCUGCAUUGCCGUCUGUCCCCUUCUCCUGUUGCUCCAUUCUCUUAUCCUCCCUCCGUUCGUGUGUAGGUAAUUGGUGAGAAACGGGACAGUCUGAGGAGAGUCGUCCAGGGGCGGAGAUCGCCCUCGGCUCGCAGGCUUGUAGUCCGUGCUUCCAGCAAGGAAAUCGCCUUUGAUCAGAGCUCUAGGAGCUCCAUCCAGGCCGGUAUCGACAAGCUUGCCGACGCCGUCGGUGUUACGCUCGGGCCCAGUGGUGUGUAUACAUCUAAGCUUUCUAUUAAGCAUGCUUUGGUUUCCUCAUUCGACUUCAACUGGCGGCGAGUUGUGAUUCCACCGUCACCUCUUUUCUUCCCGUCUUUAUGCAAUGUGAGACUAACGUUCAGAUGUCUCGAUCUUUGAAGGGAGAAAUGUUGUUCUCGACGAGUACGGGACUCCUAAGGUUGUCAAUGACGGAGUUACCAUUGCCCGGGCCAUCGAACUCCCCAAUCCCAUGGAGAAUGCCGGUUCUGCCUUGAUCAGGGAGGUGCGAUUUCUUGUUUCCUCUCCCGUUUCUUCUUCCAUCUUGGCUACUCGAUCAUUUCUUCGUUCUUCUUAGAUGUGUGAAACUUCCCUGAAGUUCUGGUGCUCUGUGUCGCAGGUUGCUAGUAAAACAAACGAUUCGGCAGGUGAUGGGACCACUACUGCAUCGGUGCUCGCGAGAGAAAUCAUGAGAUUGGGGUUGUUGAGCGUUACAUCGGGUGCAAAUCCAGUUUCUGUCAAGAAGGGGAUAGACAAGACUGUCCAGGGGCUUGUAGAAGAGCUCGAGAAGAGAUCUCGUCCAGUCAAAGGACGGGACGACGUCAAAGGUACCUUGCAUGAAAUCGGCAUCGACUGGAUGAGACGUGAAUCUCAUCUGAAUUAAUAACUCUUAAUUCCGUCCUGCAGGGGUGAACGAAUGAUAAGUUUGUUCGAUAGUUUUUUCUUUUUUUGUUCCCAUAUUUUUUUGGUUCAGAACCAUCAACUAUGAGCAUCUUACUCCAGGAUCUCCUUUUUGGUCGAUCGAGCUCACUCUCAGAUGAAUGUUUUAGAUAUGGCAAAUACCCAUGAAACUAGAUAAAAAUUACUGAAGAGCAUUCUCACCAAGAUCUGAUGAAAAGGAUGGCUUCCCAGAAUGUUUUUGAAGCACAAUAGAAGAAACACGAGAUUGACUAAUUGUCCAUUUAUCACUAAUAAACAGAAAAUUCUAUUGCAGCUAUUGCCUCUAUCUCUGCUGGCAAUGAUGAGUCCGUGGGGACUAUGAUUGCCGAUGCAAUCGACAAAGUUGGCCCUGAUGGAGUCCUCUCUAUCGAGUCCUCAUCCUCUUUCGAGACUACAGUUGAUGUUGAAGAAGGAAUGGAGGCACGUUCUUAUCUCUCCUAACCAACAACUUCCGUCCAUAAAGUCUGCAAUGAUCUCCCUUCCCCUGACGUUGGUGUUUGGGAUCGCGUUCGCAGAUUGAUCGAGGUUAUAUAUCUCCUCAAUUUGUGACGAACUCUGAGAAGCUGACUGUUGAGUUUGAGAAUGCAAGAGUUCUGGUGACAGACCAUAAGAUUUCUACCAUAAAGGAAAUAAUCCCCCUUUUAGAGAAGACGACGCAGCUGCGCGCUCCGCUGCUCAUCAUUGCAGAGGAUGUCACCGGCGAGGCCCUGGCCACUCUGGUUGUGAACAAGCUCCGAGGUAUCCUGAACGUCGCUGCUAUCAAGGCACCUGGGUUUGGUGAGCGAAGAAAGGCUCUUCUUCAGGACAUCGCCAUUGUCACAGGUGCGUGCAGAAUGAUUGCCCUCUUUCUUUUUCAAACGAGAGAUAAUUCGCCGACUAUGCAUUUCUUGUCUGUAAAUUUCUUUUGAAUUACGAUGUUAUCUUCUUUCUGAUAGGCAUCUUUUUUGGCCUGCAGGGGCCGAAUUCCAGGCGAAGGAUAUGGGUCUGUUAGUGGAGAACGCCUCCGUUGAGCACCUCGGAACAGCCAGAAAGAUCACCAUCACCCAAAACUCCACCACCAUCAUCGCAGACGCAGCGACCAAAGACGAGAUCCAGGCUAGAAUAAGCCAGAUCAAGAGAGAACUCGCAGAGACGGACUCCGUCUACGAUUCUGAGAAACUCUCCGAGAGAAUCGCCAAGCUCUCCGGCGGAGUCGCCGUCAUAAAGGUCGGCGCGGCCACGGAGGCGGAGCUGGAGGACAGGAAGCUGAGGAUCGAAGACGCCAAGAACGCCACCUUCGCCGCGAUAGAGGAAGGAAUCGUCCCUGGCGGCGGCGCCGCCUACGUCCACCUCUCCACCUGCGUUCCGGCCAUCAAGGACAAGCUCGAAGACCCCGACGAGCGCCUUGGCGCCGAUAUCAUCCAAAAGGUACGCCGUUUCCCAACUUCUCACCAGUCCUUCUCAAGUCCGAGCAUAAAUGCACAGAGAGAUGGAUGGAUAGAUAGAUGCAGAGAGAGAGAGAGAGAGAGCCGAUUGUUGUUGGUGUGAUGGUGAUGGUGAUGGGUGGUGUCUGUGACAGGCGCUGGUGGCUCCGGCGACGCUGAUAGCGCAGAAUGCGGGGGUAGAAGGGGAGGUGGUGGUGGAGAAGGUGAGGGAACGGGAGUGGGAGGUGGGGUACAACGCGAUGACAGACGAGUACGAGAACCUGGUGGAAGCAGGCGUGAUCGAUCCGGCCAAGGUAACCCGGUGCGCCCUGCAGAACGCGGCGUCGGUGGCGGGGAUGGUCCUCACCACCCAGGCCAUCGUAGUAGACAAGCCCAAGCCCAAGGCCCCCACCCUCUCCUCCCCCGCUCCCGGCUCACUCGCCGUUUAG